AUGUGGCUACAGAAGAUUAUACGUAAUGAUGCUAUCAAGCUCGAUCCUCCAGAAGUUUACAACUGGAGAGUCUUCGCCCUUGCAGCCGCAGCCUGCUUUGGCGGCACCCUUUUCGGAAUGGAUACUGGAAUCAUUGGAGGUGUUUUGACCCUACCUGAUUUCAAGGAUGAGUUUGGUCUCACGGACAAAAGCAGUACCGCUCGCGCAAAUCUCUCCGCAAAUCUCGUCACAACCAUGCAAGCCGGUGCAUUCGCUGGCGCACUACUAGCGAAUCCUCUAGCAGAUCACCUCGGCCGAAGACCUGGAUUACUUAUUGUCUCCGUAUUUGCUUUCAUCGGAGGCUUGCUUCAGGCCUUCUCAUACGGCAUCUUUUCCUGCUUCUAUGUUGGGAGGUUCGUAGAAGGACUAGGUCUUGGAGGCGCCACCAUGCUGGCCCCAACUUAUGUCUCCGAGAACUCUCCCCGUGGGAUCAGAGAUGGUAUGCCAACAAUGGACUGGUACAAACGCGAAAUUCCGACAAACAGGCUACGUGGCUACAACGUUUCUCUCGCCGCGGCUACGCAAUGGCUGUUCAACCUCGUGGUUGCUCGUGUCUCGCCGGUAAUGCUUGUCACAGCAGGUGGGCCCACAGGGUACGGCACUUACUUUAUAUAUGGGUCUUUCUGUUUUGCCAUGGGCGUGGCAGCUUUCUGGGUUCCGGAAACGAAAGGAAUCUCACUGGAACGAAUGGAUGAGAUCUUCGGAGUGGCAGACUUCUCCGGCAUCGAAGAUAUUGGACGAGUGACGAAACAUAUGGAAGGGACUGAUAUCGAGGCCAAUCAAGUCGAGUACGCCGGAAGGUGA